GACCACGCCGCUGGAGAGCGCAGCCACGCGUGACGGUCAAAAGACCAAGUGGGAACUACUAAUCGGUGUUGCCGUCCGUUCGAGAGGAGCUCAAGUUAACGGAUUUUUUUCUUUUCUUUCUUUCGUAUUAUAUUAUAUUCUCUCUAUUCCUCGUUCGUACCGUUUCUUCAGCAUGGUUUUAAAUUGCCUGUCAAGAGAUUUACGCUUCUUCCAAGGCGGUUCAGAGCCGUUCGGUACCUCAAGAAGGUCGCCCUAGUCGACAUUGGAAGCCAAUAACACGGGAAUAACGUGGGUGAUAUUAACGCUCGCUCCAGUCGACGUUUAGAAGCCAAUAACACUGGAAUAACGUGGGUGAUAUUAACGGUCGCACCAGUCGACGUUUAGAAGCCAAUAACACCGGAAUAACGUGGGUGAUAUUAACGGUCGCACCAGUCGACGUUUAGAAGCCAAUAACACGGGAAUAACGUGGAUUAUAUUAACGGAGACAGUACACUCUAUGACUAUUUCACCGAAGCUCGUACUGUAUAGUGCAGUAAAGUGAUAUCCGCCACCUUUAAAACAAAACGCCGGGACUGUAAAGUUGUAGCCGUGGCUGGCGGGUGCACCACCACCAAACGGAAAUCCAGGUGGAAGACGAAGGAGAAGAAGAAGAAGAAGGAGGAGCAGCAAUGGAGGACUACUCGGAGAGAGGAGCAAGGGAGCCUUAAGAGGAGCAGCGCUUGGCGAGCUAGCCCUCUGCCUGCCUGGCCCGGGUGAAUGCAAGGGGGGUUUCUAUCAGACAGAAGAGAGAGAGAGGGGAGAAAUCUGAGGCGCACAGUGACAGCUACUAGAUGCCUGCCCCCACCGGCCUGAGCCGAGCAUCUCCUGCCGCAUAGCGCUGCGCUGAGCCCGGGCAACACCGCCAGGAUGACUGUGGUGGCCGGAGAUAACAUGGAUGAGACGUCCACCCUGCCGGGGCACCUGCAGGACACCUACCCACCAGACCACGAGGACCACGAGUGCUGCGAGAGGGUUGUCAUUAAUAUCUCAGGGCUGCGCUUCGAGACCCAGUUAAAGACACUCAGUCAGUUCCCCGAGACGUUACUAGGUAACCCCAAAAAGAGAAUGCGCUACUUCGACCCGCUUAGAAACGAGUACUUUUUUGACCGGAACCGGCCCAGUUUCGACGCUAUUCUAUAUUACUACCAGUCCGGUGGACGGUUGAGGAGGCCCGUUAACGUUCCUCUGGAUAUGUUCUCCGAGGAGAUCAAGUUCUACGAGCUCGGGGCAGAGGCCAUGGAGAAGUUUAGAGAAGACGAAGGCUUUAUUAGAGAAGAGGAAAAACCCUUACCAGAGAAAGAGUUUCAACGACAGGUCUGGUUGCUGUUCGAAUACCCGGAGAGUUCGGGACCCGCCAGAGGGAUUGCUAUAGUAUCGGUGAUGGUUAUCUUAAUUUCAAUAGUCAUAUUCUGUUUGGAGACGCUGCCAGAACUCAAAGAGGACCCCAGGGGUAGGAUGGAAACUGUAGGCAACGUGACAUUCUAUUAUAAGCCAAAUAUUCUCACCGAUCCUUUCUUCAUAGUGGAGACCCUGUGUAUAAUCUGGUUCUCCUUUGAGUUGAUAGUGCGGUUCUUCGCCUGCCCUAGCAAGGCAGCUUUCUUUAAAAACAUGAUGAAUACUAUAGACAUAGUAGCUAUCAUACCCUACUUCAUCACGCUGGGCACCGAGCUGGCAGAGGACCAGGAGGGGAAGGAGAAACCAAGUGAGCAGGCCGCGUCUCUGGCCAUCCUCAGGGUCAUCCGGCUGGUCAGGGUGUUCAGGAUCUUCAAGCUGUCCAGACACUCCAAGGGGCUUCAGAUAUUAGGACAAACCCUCAAAGCCAGUAUGAGAGAGUUGGGGUUGCUCAUUUUCUUCCUCUUCAUCGGAGUCAUCCUCUUCUCCAGCGCUGUCUAUUUCGCCGAGGCGGAGGAGAAGGAAUCUUUCUUCACAAGCAUCCCCGAUGCCUUCUGGUGGGCCGUGGUCUCCAUGACAACAGUGGGCUACGGGGACAUGUACCCGGUGACCAUCGGCGGAAAGAUCGUGGGCUCGCUCUGCGCCAUCGCCGGAGUGCUGACCAUCGCGCUACCGGUGCCUGUGAUCGUGUCCAACUUCAACUAUUUCUAUCACCGGGAGACGGAGGGAGAGGAGCAGGCGCAGCUUCUUAACGUCAGCAACCAGGACCUUAACUCAGACAGCAACUCAUCGCGCCGCAGCUCCAACUCUAUCGCCAGCAAGUCGGAAUACAUGGAAAUAGACGAAGGGAUCAACAAUAGUAUUGAUAACUUUAGGGACGCGAAUCUCAGAACUGCUAACUGUACGCCUGUCCUCAACCAGAACUGCGUGAAUAAGGGCAAGCUGCUGACUGAUGUUUAGAAGUACAUCAAUUCCUUCUAUAUGGCAGCGAUAGACAUCUUGUAAAUAUUGUAGAAAUGUUUCGGGAAAUUUGUUUUGAUUUAACUUCGUUAAUAAUACGUUUUUUUUUUUUUGCAUUUUGUUUCGUUUAAUUACAUUUGAAUGAAUAGAGAGAGAAAACUGUUUCACCAAAAGAGGAUAAAUAAAAAGAGGUUUGUUUGUCUCUCAAAAUGGGAACGAUAAAAGUAUUAUAAUAACAUAUUAUCUUUAUGUUCCUAACGUUAUCGGAGAUAUACCGGAAAACAUCCUGCCAUUGAAAUAUGAAACGGGGAAAACACAACAUGAUCAUUGAAGAAGAAACGGGUUUGCAUGGAUAAUGGAUCAUGGAUAAUGGAUAAUGGAUAAUGGCUUAUGGAUAAUCGAUCAUCGAUAAUGGAUAUGGAUAAUGGCUUAUGGAUAAUGGAUCAUGGAUAAUCGAUCAUCGAUAAUGGAUAUGGAUAAUGGCUUAUGGAUAAUCGAUAAUGGAUCAUGGAUAUGGAUAAUGUCUUAUGGAUAAUGGAUUAUGGAUAAUGGAUCGUGGA